AUGCCAGUCAUGGUCAAGAUCAUUGUGGCUGCCUUGUCAGCCGGUGUCGCUUCUGCUUUCGGCACCAUCUCCGAGUUUCCGACAGUGAUGACCAGUCUCAUGGAUCACAGCGUCGAUCCGUGCACCGACUUCUUUUCGUAUUCGUGCGGGACGUGGUACAAUAAAACCACCCUCGACGCCAACCAAAGUACUAUCAAUGUGCCCACUGUGCUUGAGGCUGCGGCGGACAAGGUGAUUGAAAAGUUGUUGAACGCCAAGCUGCCUAAACUCGCCGAGUUCUAUGACGCGUGUAUGGACACUGCCACUUUAGACACCUUGGGCUUGGCUCCCAUCGAAGUUCACCUCAAGGCCAUCCGCAGCGCCAACUCGACCGGCGAAGCCAUCUUUCGCGGCGCAACCAUCUCCAAGGCCAUCGGCGUACCAAUGUUCGUGAAGCUGUCGGUCUCUCCUGACGCCGUCGAAACUACCCGCAACGUCUUGAGUGCCAAACACUCGGAAUUCCCGUUUGACCGAAAAUACUUCUACGGAUCACAGUGGGCCAAUAUUGAAGAGCCGUACCGCAACUACAUUGCCUCGAUCUUCACGCUGGCCGGUCACGCGAAGGCGCAGGCGGAGGCGGCCACCAAGGUCGUGUUAAAUUUUUUACGCACUAGUGCCGGGGUAGAUCUGUCCAAUCGCAGACUCCAAUCGGCCGUGGCGUCCAACGAUAUCGAGUUGUCGCUCAGCGCCGCCAACGCGUUGUACCCACGGACGGUAGGUCUCCAAUUGCAAGGGUUUGGGUUCGACGUCCGCGAAGGGUCCAACACGACCACGGUCGUUGUGAAGUUGCACCGUUAUUUGGAGGGUUUAGACUGGUUGCUAAGCGACAUGUCCGUCGACGACCUCAAGACCAUUAUCGAGUACAAAGUGCUCGACUUCAACGCGCCGUUCCUGUCAACACUGUUUGUGAAAGCACACUCGGACUUCUAUGACAAGGUGAUUAAAGGCCUCAAAGAACCCCCGUCGCGGGCCAUGAUCUGCCGCACUCAGGUGGAGACGUCCAUUGGCGAACUGCUGGGCUCGUACUAUCUCAAGGAAGUGUGGACGCGCAAGACCGCCGCGGAGGCUAACUUGCUCGUGUUGAAGCUGGAAGCGGCCUUCAAGACCAGGCUGGACAGCGCGAAAUGGCUCGAUGACGCAACUCGGGCCAACGCACAGGAGAAGUUGUCCCAUCUCACCCACCUCUUGGGGGGGCCUAAGAAUCCCAAGACAUACCCCACCUUGACGUUUGACCCCAAGGCAUACAUUGCCAACCUGAACAAGGUGUCUGCGUUCGACACUACUUUCAACCUAGCUCUUAUCGACACUGCCGUGGACAAGCAUCUUUGGAACAAACUUGCGCUAGCCCUGAAUGCGUUCUACCAGCCUUCGAAGAACAGAAUCGUGAUUCCCGCCGCCUACUUGCAACCCCCGUUCUUCGAUGCCAAGGCGGACCCGUCCGCGAACUAUGGCGCCAUUGGCUUUAUCAUCGGCCACGAAAUCUCCCACGGCUUCGACAACCAUGGCAGAAGAUACGACGGCAACGGCAAAAAGAAACCGUGGUGGACGGAAACCACGUGGAAACAAUUCAGCGAAAACUCCGAGUGCUUCGUCGAGCAGUAUGGGUCCAUGGACGUCAAAAGCGAGCUCACGGGGAAAUUGCUCGGCAAGUUGGACGGCAAAAUGGCAUUGCGGGAAACCCUCGCUGACAAUGGGGGGCUUAACACUGCGUACCGGGCGUACCGAGACUACGUGCACGCUGAGGCCGAAGCCACCAAGUACACCAAGGAAGCAGGCGAAAAGAUGUUUUGGAUCAGGUACAGCCAAUCAUGGUGCGAAAAGAACAGCGAUGCGCUCCUCCAGGCUCUGCUCACCGACGUACACCCCCCUGGUCGCCACCGCUUGAUCGGGUCGGUUCAAAACUCGGUCGAUUUUGCCAAAGUGUUCAACUGCCCUGUGGACUCGCCCAUGAACCCGACCAAGAAGUGUGUUAUGUGGUAA